ACUACUAGAAUGAAUACGCGAACAAAUUCCAGUCUUUUGGGGAAAAUCAUUGUACACUUAAAUAAUUCAUGAUGAGUUUUGAUUGCCCAUUGCAGUUUGAACUGGAAUUGUCACCAAGUAUUGACUAUUUAUUGAAAGAUGUCAUGAUACUAGCAGGCUUCAAAGGAUCACAGCCACUUAUUACGUAUCACGAAAGAAAUAGACAACAAGAAGGGUAUAUGGGUGAUUUGCUUUUCGUUACAAUUCAAGACAAACAAACUAAUGAAACACUGGAAGUGAUGGCGAAAUGUGCAAAAACAGAAUCAAUAGUAAGAAAAAGUUAUCCCAUAGAAAAAAUGUAUCGCAACGAAUGCAUCUUCUAUAAGACAAUAUGGCAAAAUUUUGUGAGAUUUCAAGAUGCAGCCCAAUGUUCAGGGUUAUUCGAUAAAAUAGCCAAAUGUUACACCACCGACUUAGACUUAGGAAAAGAAAAAUUGAUUUUAGAAAAUUUGAAAUCUAAACAUUUCAAAACGAUAGAUAAACGCGUGUUUUUUAACAAAGAACAUUUUGAGCUGAUUUUUACUGAAUAUGGAAAAUUUCAUGGAGUAUCUAUGGCGCUCAAAUCGAAAUUCCCCCACAGUUUUCGGAUAGUGUCUCAGGGAUUAUACAACUAUUGGAGCGGCCUUAAAGAUAUGAAGAUAUGGAAAAAAACUCUUUCUCUUAUUUUACACGAGUGCGGAACAUAUUUGCCACGGGAACGUAACAAAAACAUGAUCCAGCAAUUUCAAAAAUAUAUCGAUAAUGGAUGGAUGGGUUUUGCGAAAUUCACAGAGUAUUAUGAUAAAUAUGCUGUGAUUACACAUGGCGAUUGUUGGCCAAGCAAUUUCAUGUUCAAAUAUAAUGAAAACAAAAAACCCGUUGACAUAAGAUUUAUCGAUUUUCAUCGUUCAAGAGUUGGAACUCCAGUUUUCGAUUUGUCCUAUUGCUUUUAUGCUGGAGGAUCAGCGGACAUCUAUGAUGAGCUCGAUUACUUCUUGGAUGUUUAUCACAUAUCGUUGUCUGAUACCUUAAUAAGACUGAACUGCGACCCAGAAAUAACAUAUUCUAGGGAAACACUGAAAGAAGAGUGGAAGAUGUAUUGUAAAUUUGGGUUCGUGAUGGGACUUAUAGGGCUGAGGGAUCACAUGAUUAGAGAAGAGGACCGAAUGGACAUCACAAAGCUAAUUAUUGAGCUCGAACGUAUGAGAAUAUCAGAUGUUGAUGGAAGAUAUAGUAAAGAGGAAGUUAAAGUGAGAUCAGUUGAAUUGAUUAAACACAUGUAUGUAAAUGGUUUCUUGAAUUAAAAUUGAUAUAUUUAAUAAUCUACUAGGUACUAUUGUUCAAAAAUUUUAAAUAAAUAUUUUUCAUGUUUUUUUUUUAA